GGCUCGCGGGCGGUACGGGGCGCGGCGCGGCGCGGGGCUGCGGAGACGGGCCACACGCCCGCUCCCGCUCGUUGCUGCUGCCGGGACCGCUUUGGGCUGUUCCUUUUGCGCUAAGAGCGGAGGCCAGAAGCUUGCGCGGGAAGCCUGAUUAUGAAAGGGAAAGUCACUCUUUCACCUUCCGGCUCCGAGGCCGAGCUUUUGUUUGGGAAGAAAUGCAAACGGCCCUAUCCACUCCCCCACUUUCUGAGCAGAAAGAAAUGAGAGGGUGGCUUGGAGAAACUCUGAAGGCGGGAUGGCUCUUGCGCUUCGUUCUCUUUCUUUAUUCCUACCCUGAAGUUGCGAGUUUUGUACAGGGAAGUCUUGCCGCCGCCAUUGUCGCGGCUGUUCUGGGGGGGGAUGUGGCUGGCUGUCUAUGCAAGUUUGGCUGUGCUGGAGCCCCCACUCCGUGUUAAGGCGACUCGGUUCGCCAGCGAUUUGGAGAGCCAUAAUGAAGGGUCACCUUUGUUAUGGAGGUGUAGUUGAAGCUACAGUGUUCUCACCACCUACACACAUACGGGCAAUGGGUAUCCUCCAGUUUGACGCACCUGAACUUAGCAAUUGGAACAUCUUAGGAGAAAAAUUGGCCCUCAGAGACCUUGAGAGUGGAGGCCAAAUAACACCCUGGCCAAAAAAGGGGGGGGGGGAUCAACACACUAAUGAAUACGGCCAUUCCUCUCUUCAGUCCAUGCCCUUUUAUCCCACAAGCCUUGAAAUACAGUAGGAAGUAACCCGGUAGAAGUUUGGCCUGGUUGUUUUCUUUGGGGUGACCACAGACCGUGUCCCAUUUAAGAAACAAACUCCAAAGCAUCCGUGGAACUAAUUUUGCCCAGUUCUCACACUUUGCAGAUAAGAAAAUUCCCCGCUGCUUUAAGCCAGCUGAUUGCUGUGUUUGCUUUUCUGCAGAGGGAACUUUUUGGUAGUUUUCAGGAUUUUGAUCUCUUGAUUCGAGUUUUCCACUGCAGUUUUUUCGUAAGGCUGUUGCAGCCCAGUCCCUUAUCUGUGUGGUCACGGUUCAGUAGAAGAAACUUUUAUAUUUUUCAGGUUAUUGGUCUGCAGAAUGGAGUCCCUAUGGACGGGCGUGCCCCUGAUCAGUUAUUCUGAUCUGAAGAAUUUGGUGUUUCAAGCAUUAAGACAAUAGCCUGAGUUGUUCAUGGAGUUUUUCAUCAGUAUGUCUGAAACCAUUAAAUAUAAUGACGAUGAUCAUAAAACUCUAUUUCUGAAAACACUAAAUGAACAACGCCUGGAAGGAGAGUUUUGUGAUAUUGCUAUUGUCGUUGAAGACGUGAAAUUCAGAGCACACAGAUGUGUUCUUGCCGCCUGUAGCACCUACUUUAAAAAGCUUUUUAAGAAGCUAGAGGUUGAUAGCUCUUCCGUCAUAGAAAUAGAUUUUCUACGUUCUGAUAUCUUUGAAGAAGUCCUGAACUACAUGUACACAGCAAAGAUUUCUGUGAAAAAAGAAGAUGUUAACUUAAUGAUGUCAUCAGGUCAGAUUCUUGGUAUCCGAUUUUUGGAUAAACUCUGUUCUCAGAAGCGUGAUGUGUCUAGUCCUGAUGAAAAUAAUGGCCAGUCCAAAACUAAGUAUUGCCUCAAAAUAAAUCGCCCCAUUGGAGAUGCUGCUGAUACUCAGGAUGAUGAUGUGGAAGAAAUUGGAGAUCAAGAUGACAGUCCAUCUGAUGACACUGUAGAAGGCACCCCACCGAGUCAGGAGGAUGGCAAGUCACCUACAACUACACUCAGGGUUCAGGAAGCGAUCUUGAAAGAGCUGGGGAGUGAGGAAGUUCGAAAAGUAAAUUGCUACGGCCAGGAAGUAGAAUCUAUGGAGACCCCAGAAUCGAAAGAUUUGGGGUCCCAGACUCCUCAAGCCUUAACGUUUAAUGAUGGAAUGAGUGAAGUGAAGGAUGAGCAGACCCCAGGCUGGACAACUGCUGCCAGUGACAUGAAGUUUGAGUAUUUACUUUACGGCCAUCAUCGGGAGCAGAUUGCCUGUCAGGCAUGUGGUAAGACCUUUUCUGACGAAGGCAGGUUGAGGAAACAUGAAAAACUCCACACAGCGGACAGGCCAUUUGUUUGUGAGAUGUGUACAAAAGGUUUUACCACUCAGGCCCACCUAAAAGAACACCUAAAAAUCCACACAGGAUAUAAGCCCUACAGCUGUGAGGUGUGUGGAAAAUCGUUUAUUCGUGCCCCAGACCUAAAGAAGCACGAGAGGGUUCACAGUAAUGAAAGACCGUUUGCGUGUCACAUGUGUGACAAAGCCUUUAAACACAAGUCCCACCUCAAAGAUCAUGAACGAAGACACAGAGGGGAAAAACCUUUUGUGUGUGGCUCAUGCACCAAAGCGUUCGCCAAGGCAUCUGAUCUGAAAAGGCACGAGAACAAUAUGCACAGUGAAAGGAAGCAGGUUACCCCCAGUGCCAUUCAGAGUGAGACAGAACAGUUGCAGGCGGCAGCGAUGGCCGCCGAAGCGGAGCAGCAGUUGGAAACAAUAGCCUGUAGCUAGAGGUGGUGGGACAUGAACGCUUUGCCUGACCCAUGGAGACUGAGGUUGCACUGUUCAUAAUAACUGAACGUCGGUCACUGUAUUUUUUUUUAAACUUACGGAGCAUUGUACUCACUGGACUUAAGGCAGUGCCUGGUUAGGUGUUUUUAAAACUUUUCAAGGAAAUAAUGUUCAUUGGUUCUGACCAAACAGUUUCACUGUCCUGUCUGGUGUCUAGUAUUAAUGUUGCCAGUAAGUCCUGCCCCUUCUCUUUUUUUAUGGUUUUAGUUUGAGGAUUCCUGUGUCCAGUUCAGAAGUGAGAGACUUCUAUUCCAUUUUUAAUUCCUCUCUACACUGCUGCACUGGUGAACACACUGCACAGAGUGAUAAUUGAGUAAAUUGAUUUCCCAAUCCCAAUUAUAUGUUACUUAGGGUCAAAACAGCAUUUUAAAUAAUUUAAUAAAAGUACUUAAUGUAGACACAAAAUACUGGUUAUUGACCAAGAACACUGCGCAAAUAUGAAAACAAGUCCUGGAAAUGUGGAAUGCUCUUCAAUUUAUAGUUGAUUUGUUAAUUUUCUAUCACUGUUUUUUAUAGUUUUUGUUGACAAAUAGUGGUUGCUUUGCUGAAGUGUCUCUUCAUCCAUUUUGAUUGAUUGCCCAUACUUACCCCCAGAAUGUGGUAACAAGACCAGAAGGCUAAGCAGAUCCACAGAGACAUUGGUGAUCUGGGGGCUGAGUUCCUUCAUUCCUCUUAUUUGGGGCAUUGCCACUCUGAAAUGGUGGGGUUUGUGGAGAGGAGCAGAGGUACAAGGUUUAGAAAAGGGUAAAUAGGAACCUGGCUCUCAGAGACAAGGUUUUCACAUUUGCAAUAAUUCCAAGACUUCCUAGAUCAAAAUAAUUCUUAAUUGAUUUUGAAAUUAGGACAAAAGCAGGUAUGCCUCUUCAGAUACAUUCGUGUAACUUAACAAUGUUAUCAAGCUUUUGUGCUCUCUGUAGCAUAUGAUUUAUCCGUAAAGGAGAUGCAAUAUCAUUACUUAAAUUAAUACAUUUGAAAUCUUUUAAGUGUGUAAAUAGUAUAGAAGUGUUGGUCUUAGGUAUUUCAAGGAAAAGUAGACAGCUGCACAUUUUUUUGCACAUUGGAUUAAAAUAACUUCCAUCAGCAAGAAGCAUCAGUCUGUUGUUAACCAAUAUUAAAGAUUGUCAGACCAAAUGUUUAUGUUUUUGAAGUAUAUUUCAUCACUGGUUACAGUUUUAAGUAGAGUUGAUUGCCUUUUCAUAGCUGUAACAGAAUUAUAAAUGAUGUUCCAAUUAUGGUGUAUGAAAAAAUUUUUAAACCAUUUCUUUUGGAAUAUAUUAAAAUAUCAACAAUAGUUUGAAUUAUGUUCUAUAAUAAAGCACUAGUCAAUU